AUGACAAUUCUUGUCUUAGAGCGAUGUCACAUUAUCAUGAACUUAUUCUUUGGUCUAAUAACUUUUAUUCUAUUAAACUCUGCUCAUUGCUUUUACCCAAAAAGACUCAAUAUUUCUGCUGCAACGGGCGAUUCAGAUUGGUCUCUAGCUGGAGCUACGUGGUAUGGCAGCCCCACCGGCUACGGAAGCAACGGUGGAGCGUGUGGUUAUGAAAAUGCUGUGGCACAAGCUCCGUUUUCGUCCAUGGUAUCAGCCGGAGGUCCGUCGUUGUAUAAGUCGGGGAAAGGAUGUGGCGCAUGUUAUCAGAUAAAAUGCACUUCAAAACCAGCGUGUUCAACGAACCCGGUUACGGUAGUGAUUACAGAUGAAUGUAAAGGAUGCGUCACAGAAUCGGUCCAUUUCGAUUUGAGCGGUACAGCGUUUGGUGCACUGGCGAGUUCUGGUCAAGAUAGUCAGCUUCGAGAUGUCGGAGUUUUGCAGAUUCUUUAUAGAAAAGUUGAGUGCAACUAUAUUGGCGAAACGGUGACGUUUCACGUGGAAAAUGGUUCAAACCCUUACUCCUUCGCGGCUUUGAUUGAGUAUGAAGACGGAGACGGCGAGAUCGGCCUGGUUGAACUCAAACAAGCUUUAGAUUCGGACACAUGGCUUCCGAUGAGCCAAUCAUGGGGUGCGGUGUGGAAGCUUGACGUGACGUCACCUUUACGGGCUCCACUGUCUCUCCGGUUGACUUAUCUAGACUCCGGCGAGACCGUUAUGGCUUCUGAUGUUAUUCCGGCCGGUUGGGAGCCCGGUGAAAAGUAUAAAUCGAACGUUAACUUUCAAGUCUAG